UUUUGAUUCCAAUCUUUCAUGGAGGAUAAAGGGAAGCUUAUUGCAGGGAAACUGAACUGCUCCUUCAUGGCCAUGGCUUUGUUCGGGGAAACAAUUUCCUCACUCUCUUCAAGCCCUCUAUUCUCCGCCAUUAUCACUCUCUAUACACUCAUCCUCCUCUACUUCCCCUCCCUCGUUUUCUCUCCGGUCCUCAUUUCCACCUCCGUUAUCUUGUUCUCCCUCCUCCGCCUCGGCGCCGACCAGAGAAUCGCCCGGGUCGAACCGGAAAAGUGCUUCGUGUCGGUGGACCGGGUCUCGCCGCCGCCAUUAGAGUCUGUGUUUGAUCCGGGUCAGUAUCGGGACCCGUUUUAUUCGGAGCCUUUUGUGGAGUGGGACGUGAGAGCUCCGCUGGAGGUUAUAUAUGAAGAGGGAGGAGAAGAGGACGACGACGUUUUGGAAGGGAAGAGAGCGGCGGAGAUUGGCGGCGGCGGCGGGAUUCAAAGGUACGACUCUCUGUCGCUUUAUUAUCCGGAGACGGAUUCGGAUACUUCGUCGGAGGGGGAUUUUCCGGUGAUCGGAGAGUGGGAGUCGCUGGAGACAAUGUGCUUCCGCUGGGAGGAGGAGGAGGAGGAGGAUAGAGAAGAGCUGAUUGAGAUUGAAUUGGAUGGGAAGAGGAAUUUGGUUUGUGAGAUUGAAGAAGAUAAUCUGAUCGAGAUCGACCUUUCUCCGGCGUAAUAAUGCGUUUUCCGGCGGAGGAACGGUGGGGUUUCCGAUGACGUUUAGCUGUAGUUAACAAAAACCAACACUGUACUUACUACUUUAGGAAAGAGUGAUGCUGCCUAAAAAUGUCAUUAAGCACUUAAUCCAAAGGAUUUGCUUAUUUGCAGAUCGAAAAUGACCAAUAUACCCUCAACUUAUUACUA